CAAGCGUAAAGCAAAGGUAAUUUUGUCUGAUUUAUGCUUAAAACAAUGAAAAAUCCAGUAAAUUGACCUUGUUUUAUGAAUAUUUAUUAGCUAUUCAUUUGCAUGAUAUAAAACAGAAGUCAAUGCUGUAUCUUCAUUCAGUCGGGUAACUGUGUGUGUGUGAUUGCACCCUUCUGCAUGUGCACCAGCGCCAAUCAGUAACCCCUCACUGCUGGACGGGAUGUUUUGGUCAGAUUUGGUGAUUAAUUCUAACAGGUUUGAUUGUGGGCCGGACAGUGCAUACUCGUGAUGUGUGUGUGGACAUGCGCUCCACACGUAGUGUGUUAGACGGCUGUAAUCCUCUGGAUGUGGGGCGGGAGGGAUUUCCCCGGCUGGCUCGGAUGGUUAUGUGACAUGUUUGGCCGAGCAACAUUAGCGCUCCGGUGAUGUUGACUGUUGCUCCCAUCCCAGUGUGCUGAUGUUUGCGCUUUCUCUCUCUCCGUCUACAGCAGCCAAGAGCCUGCUCAACAAGAAGGCCGAUGUCAAGAAACGGAAAUCCAGCUCCACCGUUCAGUACAUGCCGCAGUCAAACAGUGCCAAAAACAGCAUAGUCACCAGUCCCAAAGGAAACGUCCCUUCUCCUGCUCUGGAGCCUCAGACCACUGUUAUCCAUAACCCAGUGGAUGGGAUCAAGGAAUCUUCAGACAGCAGCAACACCACCAUUGAGGAUGAAGACGUCAAAGGGAAAAGCCUAGAUAGCGGUUCAGUAAAAGCCCUUUCUGAAGUCAGCCAAUCAUCUCUGGGCUCCGCCCCCGCCAUCUUCUCCACCAAGCUGACGGACAUCCUUGGCUGCGCCCGUAGGGGCUCGGGACCCUCGGCCGUGCCUAAUAGUGAAGCAGCUGCCCACUCCACACAAUCCCCUCCACAGACCCCCAUCAUGCAGACCCGGUUCACAGAUCUGGUGAGCAGUGUGGGCCGUGCACCUGUCCCGCAACCUCAGACAGAGUCGCCUUCCUCUCGAACCUCAGGCCCCCCUCCCCAAACCUCCUCCCCCCCGCCCCCCUUUGUGUCUGCACAGACACGCAAACAGGAAAUCAUCAAGAUCACGGAGCAGCUGAUAGAAGCCAUCAAUAAUGGGGACUUUGAUGCCUAUGCGAAAAUCUGUGACCCUGGACUGACAUCAUUUGAACCCGAGGCUUUGGGGAACCUGGUUGAGGGAAUGGACUUCCAUAGAUUCUACUUUGAGAACUUGCUUUCUAAGAACAGCAAGCCCAUCCACACCACCAUCCUGAACCCUCACGUGCACCUGAUCGGAGAAGACGCCGCCUGCAUCGCUUACAUCCGCCUCACUCAGUUUGUGGACGGGCAGGGCCGGCCGCGCAGCAGCCAGUCGGAGGAGACUCGCGUGUGGCACCGCCGGGACUCCAAAUGGCAGAACGUUCAUUUCCACUGCUCCGGUGCACCGGCUGCCCCUCUCCAGUGAAGAGCAGCCCUGCAACCGAUCCUAUAGAUGCGAGUGUCUUUCACGGAGGACUGAUAGGACGGCAGCAGAGGUCCAGCGUCGGAGCGCUCCGUAUCCUCCAGCCUUCCAACGCUGGACACAGCCGUCCUCCCCUGCAUGCAAACCCACAGUUAUCUCUCUACCUGCUGGGCUGCUCAACACAGCGUCCAGAACCCCCCUCACCUCUGACUCCGCCCAGCACGCUCCCGACCGAACCUCUUUAUGCCAAGACUCUCCACCGACGCAAGAGCAGCACCACAUAUAUUAAUCUUCUUCGAGAGCGAUCAUAGACUAGAGUUCUAAUAACCCGCACGAUUGCCUUCUUAUCCACGGUCCUUCACGCUCGUCUUCACUGGCCUUAUGCCCCCUGUGCCCAGGUACUCCCAAAUACAUUAGAUCCUGUUUUAAUAAAAAUAUCCUUAUUAUUAUUAUUGUAUUUAUUGCUAUUGUUACUACUAUUGAUUAUAUAUGAUUAUUACUUCCGUCGCGAUUCUAAGUAUUGCUGUUGUUCUUGAGAUUGUAUAUUUGAUGGUCAAAUUACUGAUGUUAUGUUUUAAAACACUUAUUUUUUUUCUCUUUUUUUUUUUUUUUUAAGCAUGGAUUACAUUUUUAAUUUUUUUUGUGUUCAAGUAAUCUGAAGUCUAUUUCGGCAGUGCUGUAUGUGUUCAAGUUCGCGGCUGGCUGUUUAAAGUAAAAGAGCAGCAGCACACACGUGGUUUUAAGGUACAAAACUCAGUAAAUUUUCUCACGAAUAUGGUGGCGAGCAGAUUUUCUGUCACCGUGAUCAGUGUGUGUAUUAUCAGGUCACUCACCAAUCAGAUCCCUUGGCGGCAGCUGACAUCACAUCAUUGAGAAUCACCUCAUAUAUAUAUAUACAUAUAUCUGCAGGUUGCCAAGUUGAAUUUCCUUCAAAAAGAGCUGUUUCUCUUUAAAAUCGGAGCAUAAUCUCAUGUAUUUGGCCCUUGAUGACCAGCAGCUGAUGUGUUCUUAUUGACAAUCAAUGCUGAUCUGGUUUUGUGUGAGUUUUGGUGGUCUGUGAGACUAGGAAUGUCUGUUUGAGCUUGUUUUUUUUCUCUCAAGGGAUCUUGUAAGAUGUUUCGAAAGAGUACAGCAUGUUGUUUUUAAGGGCCUUUAAUUUAAAGAAGCAGCUGAUUUACUGCUGUUCGCUGGCCAAGUGUGUUUGAGAUCUAAAUAGCCAUUCUGGAUCCCUGGGUGAUCAGAAACCUGUGAAUUAUAACGUGCCACAGGAACGUUGCGAUUCACUCGACUCAGGCACCUACAACUAUCGUUCUUUGUUUUCUUUUUGUUCUGUACACGCAGGAACAUUUUAUAUUUAAUUUACGUGGUGUAAUUAAGGCGGUUUUAUUCUUUUGUGUUGUUUUUUUAAAGCGUGUAAGUGUGUGUGUGUGUGUACGUGUGUGUGGUUCUACAAUACAAUGGCACUGAUAUCCUGAAUGUGAAAGCAUCGUCACUAUAUUAAAGUGUUGAAAGCCAUAACGCACAGAGCGAGAUUUUCCAGCGGAUUGUAAGGAUGUUUUUAUAAGCGUUGUCCUUCUGUCUAGCAGAACUGGAAGACAGUCUUAUGUGGAUUGACUAGGGGGCUUCCUGACAACUGGUACUGUUCGUUUUUGUCAAAACUUUUCUCUCCUACUGACCGUGGGCUACCUGAAGUCACAUGACGUUUGUUGAGGCUGCUCAGUGUGUUUUGUUGAUUUUAAAGGAAUAGUUCACCCAAAAAUAAAGCUUUGCUGAAAAUCUACCAUCCAGGCUGUAGAACAGAGUUGUAGAAAUUUAGCAUCACAUCACUUGUUCACCAGUAGAUCCUCUGCAGUGAAUGGGUGCCGUCAGAAUGAGAGUCCUAACAGCUGAUAAAAACAUCACAAUAAUCCACACCACUCCAGUCCAUCAGUGAACAAAUCCAUCAAGAUGUUUUUAACUUCUACCCUUGUUUCCAGCAAUCCAUGAUAUUGUUUUCUCCAGUGAAAAAGUCAUUUUGUAUGUAUCAGAAGUGAAAUAUUCAGAAAUCAAGUACCAUUUACAAGUGAAAACCAUUGUAAACAAAUAUUUGGGUGUAUUUGGAUGUGAGAGGACAACAGAGGAUAGACUCACUCACUGGAGGAAGUGUUAUUAUGCAUUAUGCACUCGUAUUUUAGCCGGAAGCAAUAGAUAAAAAGUACCAACAAUUUUCCAAUUAAAAUGUUAAUUGAUGGACUGGAGUGGUGUGGAUUAUUGUGAUAUUUUUUAUCAGCUGUUUUGACUCUCAUUCUGACGGCACCCAUUCACUGCAGAGUGAACAAGAGAUGAAAUGCUAAAUUUCUCUGAAUCUGUCCUGAUGAUAAAACAAACUCAUCUACAUCUUGGAUGGCCUGAGGGAGAGACCAUUUUUAACAAAAUGUAUUUUUUACAUGAACUAUUCCUUGAAUUUAACUUUGAGAUGUGACUAUCAUGUUCAAUUGAAUGAGAGUUUAAAACUCUGUAAAUGGUGACAAAUACAACAUCUGCAUGUCGAUGAACCAUUGUUGUUAUUUCUUUCUUAUGUGUGUAUAGUAUUGCAGACAAUAAUUGAGAAUAAAACCGUUCAACAAAUAGAUAUCUUGUAAAAACUACCACUGCAUAGUGUUAACUUAUCUUAUAAGUGGAAACUAUUUGCAUGAACGUCAACUUCACAGUAAUACAUUUUGGUGACACUUUUUUUUCCCGUUUAUUUUAUACUGAAUGCUGGUGAUUUGAUCUAUUUUCCGAGCUUUGUAAGUGCAUAUAACUAUUUUUGUCUAAAAAUUAUGAUAAUGACAAUGACUAUCAUGGUAAAACAACUAUUCUGAUUGUAUGGCAUGCUUUUAUAUAGGCAUUUGUUGUUGUUUGAGCAGUGUUGGUUGCACCCAUAGAAAAUGUGAAAAUGGCGUGUUUAUAAGCUUGGGUCAAUCGCAGCGUUUGCCACAAUCACCCUAGGUCACGUUAUGCAUGUGUUUUUAUUAAGGAAUGGAUCUUGCUAUAGCUGCCAGUCUACAAAAGGGACCUCGAAUUAUGUCUGUGUUUAAUGUCAUUUAAUCAACAACCUUCAUUGUGCUUUGCUCAAAUGCUGUCUAAUCCUUUAGGAGGCGCUCUUUACCACAGCAUUCUAGUUCGAAAAAGUGCAGAACGUAACAAGAUCUCCAAGAAUUCACUCAUUUUUCUGCCUAAAAACAGAAAUGCAAUUUUAAUGCACUAACAAAUAAUGAAACCUAAAUAUCGAUUCUGGACCGGAGUUCGCACCCCUGUAUAUACA